CCUCCCCCUGCAAAGCUCUAACCGACUAGCCCCACUAUGACCUUUUUGAUUGGAUGCUUGUGAGUUUUUGUCUGCUCUCCCACCUUUUUCUCACAUGAGAGGAACAGAGCAGAGCAAUACAGUAAUAAAUGCUGUGUGGGUGUUUAGACCCAAAUUCAUUGCCUCCUCUGCUCACCACAUCCUUCUGUCUGCACAGUAAUACUGGUACAGUGGUGACGUCAACCACCAUUUAUCACUGUAUUCCAAUACCUACAGCCCGGGUUGUGCACAAGCAGGCUUUACCCUUACUCAGUGCUCAUGAGACCCACCUGCUCCCCAGCUCCUGCGCGCGCAGCAUCUGCAGCUGCAGUGGUGAUUUAGCCAGGCCAGGCAUGGACGUGUUGGAAGGCUGAAGUGGACAGUUGAGAGGACAGGGACAGGGCAAGGCUCUCUUCACCAGAGUGCAUCAGGACAGCGUUUCCCUGAAGACAUCCAGUCAGAACCAACAUGAGGAACAAACUGUGGCUCCAGAGUAUUUCCUUCUUCCUCUUACUCCAGUACACUACAUGUUGUGAAAACCUCACUUGUUUUGUGGACUAUGUACAGACGCUGUCCUGUGUCCUGAGGAAUGACUUGUGUGUCAGUUCAUAUAACCUCACUGCAACAUGGGUUUCCGAGGAAGUUCCAGAAAACACUGUGGCUGCCUGCAGUCUCCUGCAAUUGUCCAGGAACACCAGUCACACAGAGUACGUGUGCACUGUGGAUAUGACUGAACUGCUGGCAGAUAUCAAAGUCCAGGUGGAUGUUACAGAGACAGCUGAUAAGCAGCAUGUGAUUUCCAAUGGCUUUUAUAUGUCUGAGAACAUCAAACCACAGCCUCCAUUCAAUCUGACUGCUGUGUUCUCAGAAGGUUACAAUAUUUCUUGGGAAACCAUCUACCAGAACUUUCCUUUCUACUUUUUGAAUGAGGAGCUGGAAUAUCAGCUGCGUUACAAGAGAAGGACUGACACCUGGGAGACUUGGAAGACUAAAGCUGUUCAUGAAGAUAGAAGGACACUGGUAAUUCUGCCACGGGAACUCCAGGCGAACACUGAGUACGAGUUCCAAGUGAGAGCCAGACCCCGAGAAGGCACUAGUUAUCAUGGAUUUUGGAGUGAAUGGAGUCGUCCGCUGAUGUUGACAACUGGCCCUGCCGCAGUGACACAGACAGCAGACAUGGGAUGGCUGCUGCUGUUGGGUGGUGUCGUGGCAAUCACUGCCUCAAUCACAACAUUUCUGGCCAAACAGCAGAGAUUAUGGAAGAAGAUGGCUUGCAUCCCAGACCCUGCUCCCUUUUUCAAACCACUUUACCUGGUGCAUAAUGGAGAUUUCAAGAAGUGGGUUGGUGCACCCCAUUCAAAAAUCACUUUUGAUUUCUUUGAAUGGGGGAUAGUCCUUCCAGAAGUCCUAGAAGUUUACACCAUGCGUACUUCCAACAGCACCUCACGGGAGGAGCUGCAUGAGAUGAGAAGAGAUCUGCCUUGCAAGCCCUGUGUGUCGUGUCUGACUGCCCCAGGUCAGGAUGGCCAGUCCCUACUCUCUAGUGGGACUCAGGACCAGUCAUACGGGCAUUUGUUCAUGGAUACUGUGACUGUGGCUGAUGAAUUCACGCCUUGUAAUUGCCAAUGCAACUGUAAUCGUGUGUACAGGGACCAUGAGCAUACCAGGGAGGAGGAUAGUGCUGGAGAAACUGGUUAUCCCAAGGUUAAUGUUGAUGAUGAAGACAGAAAGAUAGCCAGUGACUUGCCUCUGGCUGACCUGAGCACUCAAGACAAAAUACUUGCUUCAGGCUCUGUGUCUACAGACCACCUGCAGAGUACAAAUGUCCCAGCUCACCAGCAAGUAGAAAAGACUUUGGAAGGAAGGAUGGGGAGCAUCCUAGAAGUCCUUUGCUUGCAGCCUGAUCAGUGGGAUUUGGAAAAUCCAGGUUCUCUGCCUUCUCCUGAUGGUGAAAGUGUUUCCUACAGUGAAGGUUCCUGUGACUCCCUCCCUCACAUUGCAAGGCCUGGUGACAGUUACCCUGUGAUCUGCGUAGAUUUGGACACUAUUGACAGUGGCUUUGUGGACUCGGACUGUGGGAGUCCAGUUGACUGUGAAUUUGAGCAAAACAGUCAUUCCAAGUAUGGGUCCAUCUCUCUUGAGCAGGAGGGGGAGGAUUUUCCACGGAGCUAUGUCAAGCAGUGGGUCUCCUGUGGCUCUGACAGCCCUGCCAGUGGAGCACAGACAAGCUAAGGACUUGAUGUUGCCUUAUAACAAGAGUGUUCAGCCUUUUCCAUACUGUGCCAGAAGCAGUGUUAGAAAAAUGCGUAAGAGAAGCAAAAUUUACUGCAUGUAAGCGGGAUUGCAUGCUGCUGAAAACUGUUAGGUGCAUAGAAAUACAUCUGCCUAUUUCUACUGCCCCUUAUUCUGUUCAUGCCUCACACUUGACGUUAUUGAUUUAAUUAUUUCUAUCCCUCCCCCCCCCACCCCCUUUUUAAUGGCAGAAAAAGAACUGUACCUUGAAAAUCACCCCUUGGCUUAUGUAUAUGUGCAAUUGUUUUUGAUGGUGACCUUAUAAAGAGUACAACAAAACUUAAAAUUAUUUUCCCUGGUGUUAUCACAUGACUUGAGAGUUUGGAUGCAGAUGGAAUCUUAGAAGCAUAACCCAUGCCAAGUAUGUUUGUUACAUUAAAGUUCCCCUACCCUUUCCCAACAACACAGGUGGUAUUACUUCUCUUACUAGUAUCUUUGGCUCUUUAAACCCAGCUGUAAUCAUUGGUUAAUUAUAGAGGGUCCUAGCCCUGACCAUGGGGUGUGAUCAAACCCAGUUCUAAUAUAAUCAUCACAGAAGGCUGUGGCCAAGAGAGCAAACACUGCUUAGGCUCCAGGAACACUUUGCCUUUCCAGGUGGAGUUUGCUAAUGAAAAGUCUUCAAAAACAUGUAAUUCCAGGCAAACUCUUGCUAUGGUGCUCUUCUGCUGCAGCAUCAUCUCUCCCAGCAUUUUCCAAGCACAUUAACUGAAACAUUGAGCAGCUUUUAGAGCUAUGCAGAAAUUUCAGAAGUGUUGUACUACCUGGACGUGCCUGCAGCUCCGUCUUCUGCCUUGGACCUGGUCUGCUGCAGUCAACAGGUCAGUAGCCCAGAUUUUGAGCAAUCUCUGCUAGCUAAUAAAGCCAAGCAUGAAAUCGCUAUUUGCACUGUAACCGUAAAUAUAUUUCUGUCUGUCAUCUCUAUAGCUCUGUUUUGUCUAAGAUAAUUGUCUUUAAAAGUCACUGUAAUACUGAUGCUGAAUGAAUCUUCUGUAGGCAUAGUGCUCCUGACCCAUGGGCUGCUUGUGUCCAGGAGAUCUCAUACUGAGAGAAACUUUGUGGUGAAUGAUGUAUGUUUCCAGUGCAGUUAUAAUCUGUUGUUGCUGUGAUACCAAUAAACUCUUCUCUCUCCCCCA